UAUCAGCUAGGAGGAUUUCGUCAUAUCGCUUCCUGGGUUCCUUCUGGAAUAGAGGACUAAUCUCAAAGCUUCGCCCUUGGUACACGGAGCCUUGCGCGCUGAAGGCCUACUGCAAGUCUUACUAGCUUUUGGCGCCAGAGUGGCGAGUCGAGAGCAGACAUAACAGAAGCGAAGGUACCUCCACCUAACUUCAAACAUCGUCACCACUCCUUUGUAUGAACAUGGCAGAAGGAGGAAAUCGAUACCGCGAUCGGAUUGCAAAAGACCUGGCCAUGGAAGACCUCGAAGAUGGCAUGGAUGACCUUCGGGUCGUGAUUCAAGGCAAGCGGGCCGUUGUCAAUAAUGACGGCAUUUGGUGGGUGGAACUCCAUGGUCAAGUUUACUCCUUUGAGAACCUUCCCAACCCGGACAGCACAGUGGUGAAAAUCUGCGUGAAUAACUUCCAAGAGAAUGGCCUCUCUGAUAUUGGUGGCUUGGAGGAACCGUUCAAGGAAGUUUGCUGCAACUUGGAGUUUGCGUACAACACUGCUGUGGCGAAUGACAUGGGCAAACUGGAGAAUAUGAUAAACGGUGUCUGCUUUGACAUGAACAAACUGUGUAGCACGACAGGGAACACCUUGGUCAGGUUCUCUCGUACUUCUCAUGACGCCUGUAUCCAUUACAAGGGAGCAUUCCUUUAUCUGUUGGAUGGUUUCGAAGACGUUGCACACUUGAAGUUGGAGGCACUUGUUAAGAGUAUGUCAAGUUUAGGUGCAUCUGCAGAACUCAAAAGACUAAUAGACACGUGUAAUGACAAUGUUAUGAGCAUUCUUGAAUGGAUAACCGAAGAGAAGGCCAAGCUCGGCAUAGCCGGGGAGGAACGAAUGGCUUGCGAGGCUGGGAUUUCAGCGGCUAAGAGGGAUCAUGUUGACGCUGAAGAGAGGUUGGUGGCUGAGAACAAGAAUUUAGCUUGCAUGGAGAAGCGCAACAUGAUCAGCGAAGUGAUCGAAAUGGCGGCGGAGGUGGUGGUGACAGCAAUACCGGUCGUGACACUGUUUUCCCUCCCUCAAUUUAAGGUUGGAGCAACUGGAGCAGUCACGGUCAUUAAAGCCACCCAGAGAUUUAUUAAAAGAACGAUCGGCUCAGAAGACAAAAUACAGCUGGCCAGAAAACGGGCAGCGGAUUUAGAAGGAGAGCGACUUGAUGCGCGAAAGAGGAUGAUUGCACAAGCAGACAGACUGGAGCAAGCCAGAGGGAGGGAAGAGGUCUUGAAUAGUCUCCAACCCCUUCUACACGACCUAUCUGGCAGUUUGAGGAUCGUGCGAAAGAAGCUGUUGUGUGCGUGCGCCUUCUGGGAGCGUCUACAGACUGUCAUGGCCCCUGAGAUGGAUAAACAGCAAUUUCAGGCGAGUGUGAACGCCCUAUCAGCCACGAAAGAAGAACGGGCCGAGUUUUGGCGGUCGAAGGCCUUUGCGGAAGAUGCCAUCUCAAUGUAUGCAAGGUGGGUGGCAAGAAAAAUUGUCUGUGAUCAAUCUAGGGUCGGCGUGGAUGAGGCCUAUAAGAUGUUGGAUCAGCUGGCCGUCGCGAAUCCGACCAAACAUGAUGCAAGGGCAUGGCUAAAACUCAAGGCGGAAGGUUACAAGGGACAGGCGAUAGAGUGAGCGAUUGUUCGCCUCGAUCGUGCCUUCGAGUUGAGUACCACUAGAUGGCGUAUGCGGCGAACCUAUAGGAUGCUGGCUAUAAUCCUACUCAUGAACAAAACACCUUCUCCAAUGUUCGAUAUCUGAGUUGGCGGCUAUUUUCAUCACGUCUUCGAUCAGCUCCAAACAGACUGUCUUCACCAAUUCAAUCUGGUCCCCCAUACCUUGCAGGCCUGGUGACGUGUCUCUCCGCCUCAGUCAUAACCGAGACGGAGACUUCACGCUUUUUGCUGAUUGGCACCCCAGCAAGGUAUUGGAUGCGGUUGGGUUCACCAUCUGACAUUCACACAGUGGGCAGGCUGGAACGCUUGUCCUCUUCAUAUGGGAUUUAAGAACGAUCAAGGGUAUAAUAGCACACCUCGUGUCUUGAAAUCAUGUAAAUACAUAUUUAAUAUAAACUUCAACUACAAUGCUAUGUUGCGUUGACCGAUAAAGAAACACUAUUGAUGCUAACAGUCAACACGCUGAUUUCUAGUAAUUACACUACUCGCAUGGUUAUGACCUGUGGGACAGUAGUCAUAUGUAAACAAUUUACACGAAAACAGCUCGCCUUAUUGAGACAUUUAAAUUGGAUGAUAUUAUUAAGUCUUCUCCGUCGUAUCGUCGGAAGCUGACUGAUAUCCACAAAAUGAAGCAUUUACUUGUUGUGAUCGACAUUUGCUUUUAUUAUUGUCAGUAUUGUCAUUAUUUUGUGUUCUCGAUAAUGGGUCUUUAGCAUUGAUAGGUAGGAGCUACGGUCGACAAUUUGUAGUCUCUAGGGUCUGGUUGUUCAAAACGAAUUUUGCCACUUACACUGGCGUAACGUAAAUUUCA